GAAUGAUCGUCGAAAAUCAAAGGUGUUUUGGAAAGGAAAUUGUAAAUUCAUCUCUCUAUCAAUCAAUGGAAACAGGAGUGAUAGUUGAAAAAGCAAAAAAACCUUUUUCCAUCAUUCCAAGAGUAUUUGCUAUCAGUUUGGACGAGAAAGAAAAUAAAAUCUUUAGAAGGGAAUCCGAAAGAAUUCAAAUAGAGUUAGAGAAUGAGAAGCCAAAAGAGACGAAAAUCCCCCAAAAUGUACAUUUGUACACGGAUGAGAUUUUCCAACAUUUAUUAAUCGAAGAGGUAUAUAAUUAAUCGCUAAUUUAUUAGAAUAAAUAUUAAAUAGAUUAAUACAUGACUCCUGAGACGUAGCCAAAUAUAAAUAUGAAAAUGAGAGCAAUUCUUGUGGAUUGGCUUAUUGAUGUGCAUGCUAAAUUUAAGUUGAGAGAUGAAACAUUAUAUCUUACCAUCUCUCUAAUAGAUAGAUAUUUGGCAAAGGAAUAAGUCACAAGAUUGCGUUUACAAUUAGUAGGUGUAGCCGCUCUCUUCAUAGCAUGUAAAUACGAAGAAAUAUAUCCCCCUGCAUUAAAAGAUUUUGUGUAUAUUACUGACAAUGCUUAUGUUAAGAGUGAUGUCCUGGAAAUGGAAGGCUUAAUAUUGCAGGCUCUGAAUUUCAACAUCUGCAAUCCAACUGCUUAUUAAUUUCUAUCAAGAUAUUCGAAUGAACUAGAUCCCAAAAAUAAGGCCUUAGCUUAAUACAUAUUAGAAUUGGCUUUGGUUGAAUACAAGUUUAUAGCUUAUAAACCAUCCUAAAUCACCUAAGCUGCCAUAUUUUUGGUCAAUAAAAUAAGGUAUCAUCUAUGUCUAUCUAUAAUUAGAACUCCCAAUUAUAAAACUUAAAAUGAGGCUUUGUUAAAACCUUGUGCUAAGGAAUUGUGUCAACUCUUGUAGGCUGCAGAACAGAAUUCAUUGUAAGCAGCAAGAAGAAAGUUCAAUACAAUCAAGUUUUAUGAAGUUUCAAGGAUUAAGGUAGAAGUAAUUAGCAAAUGA